AGAGCUGAGGUAUAAAUGAAGCUGCUUAACAGUGCACCCCCUUUCACUCCACUUGAAGAUAGGCGAGACCACUUUAUCAUCAGAAUCACUGUUGUCAACGGAAACAAAGACAUGGUGACAAUCAAGGCCGUGGUGAUAGUGAUCACACUCACUAUUUGUCUGACUGCAAACACUUCUGACGGUUAUCGUUACUGCUGUCGAAGGUAUAUGAUAGGCCGAUUACGAGAUUUUGAAAUCAAGGGGUACUCAGUCCAGACUAUUAAGGAGAUGUGUCCCAUCGAUGCCAUCAUUUUCCACACAAAGAAGGGGAAAGCAUGCACCAAUCCAGCUCUGAAGUGGGUGAUGGACGCUGUUGAUCGUUUAAGGACUAAAGCGCAGAAGGUCCACCAGAACAACUCACAGUACAUGAUAGGCAGGUUACAGGACUCCAUCAUCAAGGGGUACUCAGUCCAGACUGACACAGAGAUGUGUCGCAUCAAUGCCAUCAUUUUCCACACAAAGAAGGGGAAAGCAUGCGCUGAUCCAGCUCUGAAGUGGGUGAUGGACGCUGUCGAUCGCAUAAGAUUAUCACCAUUACAAAAAGGAGCAACACCUUAUAAAAUUUCCCACAUUGCACUGCUGGCUCUACAAGAGUCUUUGUCAGAAGACAUGCUGCCAAUCCGAGCUGUGGUGGUGAUCGCACUCCUUACUGUUUGUCUGACUGCAAACACAUCAGCAGCUCAUCCUCACUGCUGUCGAGGGUACAUGACAGGCAGAUUACCAUUUGCAGCCAUCAAGGGGUACUCAGUCCAGACUGACACAGAGAUGUGUCCCAUCAAUGCCAUCAUUUUCCACACAAAGAAGGGGAAAGCAUGUGCCGAUCCAGCUCUGAAGUGGGUGAUUGAUGCUAUCGAUCGCAUAAGGAAUAAAGCACAGAAGAUCCACCAGCGCAGCUCACGGCAGAAGAAAUAGAAGAUCAUUGGAGCUUUUUAAAGAGACAGCUGAUGCCAGCUACAGAAAAC